CGGAAGCUCUUCUCCUUUUCAACGCAAAGGAAUUCAGAAGGUGUGAGUCUCCAAACUCGCCUUUUUUUCUGCAGUCUCGGACACAGGUCGAACAGUUGUUGCCCUCUGCAGAGCCAUCCGCGGAAGUCGCUGGGCUGCGCGUCCCCCACUGCACAAGGGAGGGGAGGAAAAGGAACUAAACAGAAUAGAGGACGAAGAAGAGAAGAGAAGGAGAAAGCGAGAGAAGACGAGAAGACGAGAAGGAUAAGACGAAGAAGAACAGAGGAGAAGAAAAAAGGAACGGAUAAACCGUGAAGAGAGAGAAACGAAAAAAUGAAGAGUUCACUUUCGAGUGCGUUUUCUUUUCUUGGCACACGGACUGCGUUUGUCCGGCCACAGGUGCAGCGGGAGAUUCUGGAAACGACUGCUCUUCACCGUUCUUCCCGCCUGUCCUUGUCCUCUUCUUUUGUCUGCUCUUCACCUUCUUCCUCUUCUGCUUCUCCCUUGAGAUUGCACUGUUCCUCCUUCCAUGCGGCCCCCUCCUUGCCACCGCAGCAGGUCGGCCCCAGCAACCUCACUUCCGAUCUGAACAUGUUUCAUCGUUGGGUGGAAUCAUCCUUCCUGUCUUCCUCUUCUUCUUCCUCUUCCUCGUCUUCUUCCUCUUCUUCUCCCUCUUCCUCGUCUUCUCCCUUUUCUGGAGACCAGUCUGCUGCGUCUGUCCUCUCGGCAUGGGGCAAGCGUUUGGCCUGCUCUGCGCCUGAGGACUUUUCUCUCCUCGUGAAUUAUUUGCAUGCAUGCAGAGGCCUCGAAUGCCUCCUCGAACGCUACGGCGUCGGCGCCUCCCAACAGCAGCCGCCCGCGAACGACGGCGACGAACAACCAGCGCUGACGGCUGCAGCGCGCGCGGUCGGCCUCGCGCUUCCACACCAAGUGCAUGCGACCGACAACUGACCGCAUGCACCCUGUGCAGCAGAUCGCUGAGUGUAUGCGGACGACCAGAAGGCGGAAGGAGCAUGAAGGCGUUGCUUUGAGGGAGAAGAGCAGACGGGAAUACGUCCCGAGCUGGCGAAGGACGAGAGACAAGCACCCGAGAAGAGACUCUGGAUUGCCCGUUCUGCAUCACGAGUUCGCUCCUUUCUUGCUCAACUCAAAUCCUUGUGAAGAGGAGACUUUCAAGGCGGGGGGCAGAUGGUCUGGUUGUGCUCAGUGUACUAUCUACAGUGUCCCCCCGUUUACCCUAUCUGAAUCAUACCGUGUGCCGAGAAUUUGUCGGUGCAUGCAGUGAACAAAGGACGCCGUAACGCAAGCUGCACAGGUUUUUUUCUGCGUCCUCCACGUUGUCUCUUUCUUCUUUCCUCUUUUCUUCGUUGUUCUCUCUUUCGUUCUCCUCCUCAAUCUCUAUUCCUGUUCUCGCUUUCUCUCUCUUGUGGUGUACAUCUGUAUAGCGGUCGUGUUCCUUCGUCUUGUUCUUCCCUCCCUCUCCCUCUCCGUUCUCCUCCUGUCCUCGCUUCUUUCUGCCUUUCUUCUCUCUGACGUUUGUGCGUUUUCCUCAUCGAUGUUUCUGCGGCCGUUUCGUUUGAAGAAGAAGAGCGUGGAGUGUACAGUGCAGACGUCGCAGAAAACAGCUCUGAUAUGAGAAGACGCAUUUUCAACUUCAAUCCGUAUUGCUUUUCAAAGUAUUUCACCUAGUUCGUUACGCCGUCCAUGGAUCGGCAAACGAUAAGACCUGCACUGGCGAACAGGAGGUCAAGAUGCCGAUACUCUGAGC